AUGCCGAAUGAGCUCAAGGCAAACGCCGAUGUCGGCGCUGUGUCGACCGAUGGCCCAGCAAACUGUGACGGCGUGGUGACCGAUGACAUGACAAACUCCUACACCGCAGCACCCGAGCUCACGACAGAAUCUGACGCUGCAAUGACUGAGGGCAUCGCAGACGCUGAGAGCACACCCCUUCAGCGCCUGCCCGAUGCUGCCAAUCAGGAGAUUCCUGGGGAGAGAGUUGUCUCUGCACAAGAAGCCGCGGAGCCAGACAGAGACAUGGAGCAAAGCCCCCCCAGGGUGCCCAAGCUGGUGUGCGUGAAGGAAGGGGAAGAGGAAGAAAACCCUGGGCCUGUUCCAGAACAGCAGCCUGGGGAAGUGGAGCAGUUCCAGCCCCUGCUGAAGGGUAAUUGUCAGAGCAGGGCCACAGGGCUGGUGGCUGCAGCUGAGCUGCCUCCACCUCUCAGCCCUCUCGCAGCCGCAGCUGCCCGGGACGGUGCCGCGCCCUGUGCUGCUGCUUGGGCACAGCCCUGUGCGGGUCCGGGCUCCUGCCGGCCGGGCACCCCGUCACUGCUGCGUGCCUUUCAGGUCCUGGUCUACCUGGAUGUGACUGAGUGUGGUGAAGGCAUCCUGGAGCUGCUUUCAAGGCACCUGUGGAGCGAGUGCCCAGAGAUGCAUCACCAAGUGCUCAGAGGCCUCAUUGUCCUGAGCAAGGAUCCUGUGAUGGUCAGUAGAAUGAGCAUCCUGACUGAAAGCCUUGUGCUGCUGCUGGGGGAUGCAGACUGAGAGGUGGUCAAGAAUGCCAUCACUUUACUCGGAUUUCUGUUUCUGGAUGAAGACUUCCAACUACCCAGCCCUACCGCCUUGCAGUUGGCCGAGGCGCUCCAGCCACUCUUUGAUAAUGAUGACAGCAGUGUGCAGCUCCCCUCCAUACUCCUCUUCAAUGGGGUGAUGAUGAUGGUAAAGAAAGAGGGAGAAAAGCCCCUGAAGCCACAUGUACAGCAGAGCCUGCUUCCACUCUUCUUCCACUGCCAUGAUGAGAACCAGAGAGUGGCAGAGGCCUCUUGGGAAACACUGCUUUGUGUGGCCGAGUUCCUGAAGAGGAGAGAUCUCCAGAGGAGGCUGAAGAAGAAGGAGCUGUGGAGGUUCAGCGAGUGCCUGCUGAAAAAGGACCGGAGCCGAGUGGCCGAGUACGUGCACCAGGCCCUUCUGUACCUGGAGAGCCCACAGGAGCCCGUGCGAGAGGCGGCCCUCAGGUUCAUAGGGAUCGCCGGGAGGUACCUGAGGGGACAGGAGGUUGAGCUGCAGAUGGUCACUGAUGCCCUUGAAGAUAUGAAGAACGACGUCAGCCCUGCUGUCUCCUGCCUGGUAGUUCAGACCUGCUGUGUCAUCAAAGCUGCCCAUAGAGCUCCAUUGUCCAGACUCCAGCAGCUCCGAGACUGGCUCUGCAGGGCCUGCAAGACCCAGCCUGCUCUGUGGGGCAGUUUCUGGCUGUGCUGCCAGAGCUCUGUGGAGUGCUGAUGUGGGAAGCUGCGUCUGCUGGGGCCACAUGAGCCUGUCAGGAAGGCCCCAGCUCUGCGAGAACUUUCCUUUACCGCAGCAGGGGAAUAUAAAAUUGUUAUUGCAAUACACAGAGCCUCAGGAGGGCAGGAGUGGGAACAGGGGGAGGUCUGGAGAAGCGUGGUUGCCGGAGGCAUGGCUUGGAGUCUGUUUUUUGGGGGUUUGGCAUGGACAGGACAGAGCGGAGAGCCCGGUUUUGGCUGCCUGCUUUUUCUUUUCCUGAGAAGAAGGGUUUUUUUCCCCCCACGGGACAUCUCGUAGAGAACGACUGAGAGAGAGGGAGGGACCGAUCCAUCUCAGAGCAAGGUAUUCUGCCUUCAGACUGCCUGUGUGAAAAAGUCCUGUUUUGUUUUGUUAUUUUUUUUUCAGUGCUGGCUGUGAGCACAUGUGGCUGCGAGCACCUGUUGAACUGCCGGGACAGUCCUGCCUUCCCUCCCCCUCCCCAGGUUUCCAUGGGUUUCUCCACCCCACCUGGGGAACUGGUGUUGGAACCGAAGCUCAGCAGUCAGCAGAUAAGGGACUGAUUGGUUUAAGCAGCUGCCCAUGGGCAGCAGGAGCCAAGAAGUAUUGCCUGCUUUGAGGACCAUACCCUUCAUCAUAUGGUUAAUAUUUAGCUAUGUUUAUUCAUCCCGUCUCCUUCAGAAAGUUAUGGAAAGACUUUGUGGUUUUGUUGUCAGACGUGUAGAAGCCCCUUUUUUUCUGCCCCCAGGUGGUUUCUCCCUGCAGAAGAAUAGUAACCAGUCUGUGUAACUGUAACCGACAGUUGUGUAAUCCUGUAGUUAGCAUGAUCCGACCCCUAAUGAACAUAACCCAUCCUCCUCACUAACCUGCCCCACCCUCUGGGUCCCUAUAUUGCAAAUCGAGUGUUCAAUAAGGCAUUUCUUCGCCAACCCGGGAUGGAUUAGUUUUUGGACCUUUGCAAAUUGGGACUUUGUUUUGUUUCUUCUGAAAGUUUUUGAUUGCACCAUUUGUUGUUUAUUCAGCUUUUGUUAUUAAAAACUUCUUUUCUUUUUCCACCCUUCCACCUGAAGUUUCUUAAUUUGGAAGUUGUAAUCUUGUUAAACUAAGACAGCUUGCCCACAUGUUUCUUCUGUGUGUCCCAGCCCCGUGUUUGGGGCCACCAGCCCGGACUUCUCCCAAGGAGCCCGUGCCAGCUUCUGUGGAGGCCCCGUGCCCUUGGCACUGUGGCUGCGUUGGCAGCCGAGGGGGCUCCUUCUGCUGCCGUGGGCAGGCACAGCAGGGGAGGCUUUGCUUAGUUUUUGAGCUGUGUCUAAAGUUUCUGUCCAGCUGCCUUAGAUACUUUGGAGAAGGGACUCCUUCCGACCCAGGGCAGGUUGGCUGGGCUGGGGGAGGUCCCAGGGCAGGUGGCAGGGUGUCACAGGGCCCUUUGUGACACGGUGGGCAUCGCUGAUGGGAUGGAACAGGGCCCUUUGUGACACGGGAUGAUAUAAAUACUGGUGUUGAUGUGGCAACGCCUCAGUGCUCCUCGGAGCAUGCGACGGGACAGACGGGACAGAGCGGUGCUGUGCGGAGCCCCCGCACAGACAACUCGUUCCUUGUUGACCUGGAGCGUUUUGGCGGUUUUUCUGUGGUGCAAGUGUCCUCGAGGCCAGACCGCGGGACUUGGUGACACGGAGCUUUUGUGAGGUGUCUCCAAUCCCAGCGGCAGCUGCCCUUGAGGCUGCGCUGCAGGACUUAAUAAUCCAUACUUUUUCCUAGGCUUUUCUCGCUUUCAGCUGCCCUCGAGGCAGUGCUGCAGGACGUGACAACCCAACGCAUUUUCUAGGCUUUUCUCCUUUUUAGUUGCCCUCGAGGCCAGACUGUAGGAUUGGUGACCCAGAAAUUUUCUGGGUGUCCAAUCCCUGCGGCACGUGGCCUCAAGGGCAGCCUGCAGGACGUGGUGACCCGGAGAUCUUCCGAGGUGUCUUUCUCU